AUGUUCAAGCAUCUACAGGAGUACUCACACAUACAUAUACAUAAAUACACAGACCAGGCCCAGCCCCCUGGACACAGACCAGUCCCAGCCCCCAGGACACAGACCAGGCCCAGCCCCCCAGACUCAGACCAGGCCCCCAGGACACAGACCAGGCCCCCAGGACACAGACCAGGCCCCCAGGACACAGACCAGGCCCAGCCCCCAGGACACAGACCAGGCCCCCAGGACACAGACCAGGCCCCCCGGACACAGACCAGGCCCAGGCCCCAGGACACAGACCAGCCCCCCGGACACAGACCAGGCCCCCAGGACACAGACCAGGCCCAGCCCCCAGGACACAGACCAGGCCCAGCCCCCAGGACACAGACCAGCCCCCCGGACACAGACCAGGCCCCCAGGACACAGACCAGGCCCAGCCCCCAGGACACAGACCAGGCCCAGCCCCCUGGACACAGACCAGGCCCAGCCCCCCAGACUCAGACCAGGCCCCCAGGACACAGACCAGGCCCCCAGGUCACAGACCAGGCCCCCAGGACACAGACCAGGCCCAGCCCCCAGGACACAGACCAGGCCCAGCCCCCAGGACACAGACCAGGCCCCCAGGACACAGACCAGGCCCCCCGGACACAGACCAGGCCCAGGCCCCAGGACACAGACCAGCCCCCAGGACACAGACCAGGCCCCCAGGACACAAACCAGGCCCAGGCCCCCAGGACACAGACCAGGCCCAGCCCCCAGGACACAGACCAGGCCCAGCCCCCAGGACACAGACCAGGCCCCCAGGACACAGACCAGGCCCCCCGGACACAGACCAGGCCCAGGCCCCAGGACACAGACCAGCCCCCCAGACACAGACCAGGCCCCCAGGACACAGACCAGGCACAGCCCCCAGGACACAGACCAGGCCCAGCCCCCAUGACACAGACCAGGCCCAGCCCCCAGGACACAGACCAGACCCCCAGGACACAGACCAGGCCCCCCGGACACAGACCAGGCCCAGGCCCCAUUGAGGUUUUCAGUGAGAGUGCUUCCCAGACCAGGCCCAGACCCCAUUGA